AUCGUAUACGGAUAUAAAAUGAUACCCUCUUAUCGGUGCUCUGAUCUCCCUUUGGUUGGCGAGCCGCUGUACCCGUGCUCAAGGUCCGUACAUGCAUACGUACCGUACGGUACGGGCGCAGCCGGGUACAGCUGGGAAUACUACGCUGUAUGCGGUAUACCUCGUAUGCAUCCAUGGUUUUCUCUUUUCUUUUUUUCCUUUCUUUCAAUUGUUUUAACCUUUACCCCUUUAUCUGUAAAUCUCACUGGUGGCCACAAUGGUUCGUAUAAAUAAGUCGUUACUCAGCGUGUCGACCGCUCAUCCGUCCUUAUCAAAUCAUGAAGACGACUCUAUUCUGGAAGAUUGACCAAGAGAAUGAGUGUAUCUCCAAUGGCGGGGUUGCGAACCUUCUCUUGUAUCCCUAUCGCAAUUCUGUACCAGUCAUGAGCGCCCGAAAUUUGGGGAAUGGCUCUUGGCCCCUUUGGUGAACCAUUGGAACGGCAAAUAUCUAUCAGUUUCAGAUUGAAAAGAGUGUCAUGUCAUCAAUCAACAUAACAUCCAACCCAGAAAGUGACAUUCUUCGGCUCUGUAAGGUGGAGUAACUUUCCGAGUCCCUCGAGAGCGGGUAUCCCGAUCGGUCGACCCAUUUCUGUACGUACAUUGAAUACCAGGAUGCGAGAAUAGAUUAAAAACAAUUUGUUGAUCAGAGGUCAACACGAAGACGACAGAAAGGCUAUCGAUAAAUUAAGCUAACAGGCAAUUCGCAAUGUGAUUCGUAUAGGUACUUUCCCACGAUGGCAGAUGAGCUGAUCACUAACAAAUAAUUCGUUUUGUUUGUAACCAAUUCAAAAAAGGCUUCGACCUUCCUUCUGCAGGUCGGUGAAAAA